UACGACGAUCAAAGGAGUGAUUAAUUGUCGAUUAGAGUUUCUGGAAGAAGCUUGAUUGAAUAGUUGCGACACGACAUAGUAGCUGUUUUGUUUUCACCAUUUGAGCUUCAGCUUCGCAGAAAUUUGUGUUGCUUGAAAUUUCAAAAAGGGUUAGCUUUCUGGAGAUGGGGUUUUUAAGUGUAAUAUUGGGGUUUUGUGGAUUUGGAGUUGGGAUUUCUACUGGAAUGGUGCUUGGGUAUUACUUAUUCAUCUAUUUUCAGCCCUGCGAUGUUAAGGAUCCUGUCAUUCGUCCUUUGGUUGAGCAAGACUCACAAAGUUUGUUGCGAUUACUUCCUGAAAUACCCCUUUGGGUAAAGAAUCCAGACUAUGAUCGUAUUGACUGGCUCAACAAGUUCCUUGAAGUGAUGUGGCCAUACCUUGACAAGGCGAUUUGCAAGACGGCAAAAAAUAUAGCCACCCCUAUUAUUGCCGAGCAAAUUCCCAAAUAUAAAAUUGAAUCUGUUGAAUUUGAGACACUGACUCUAGGAUCUCUGCCACCCACUUUUCAAGGUAUGAAGGUCUAUCUUACUGAAGAAAAGGAGUUGAUUAUGGAGCCUUCACUGAAAUGGGCAGGGAAUCCUAAUGUCAUCAUUGCUGUGAAAGCGUUUGGACUAAAAGCAACCGUUCAGGUCGUUGAUUUGCAGGUCUUUGCUCAACCCCGUAUCACCCUAAAGCCUCUUGUUCCCAGCUUUCCAUGUUUCGCCAAAAUUCUUGUGUCUCUUAUGGAGAAGCCUCAUGUUGACUUCGGACUGAAGCUUGCUGGGGCUGACCUUAUGUCUAUUCCUGGCCUGUACCGUUUUGUUCAGGAGCUUAUAAAGGAUCAAGUUGCCAACAUGUAUCUGUGGCCUAAAACCCUUGAAGUGCAAAUUCUGGAUCCAACAAAAGCUAUGAAGAAGCCUGUUGGAAUUCUCCAUGUGAAGGUUUUGCGGGCACUGAAGCUGAGGAAGAAAGAUUUGUUGGGUGCAUCAGAUCCUUAUGUGAAACUGAAACUCACUGAAACAAAGGCUCCAUCGAAGAAGACCACAGUGAAGCAUAAGAAUUUGAACCCCGAGUGGAAUGAAGAAUUCAGCAUGGUUGUAAAAGAUCCUGAAACACAAGCAUUAGAACUUCAUGUUUAUGAUUGGGAGCAGAUUGGCAAACAUGAAAAGAUGGGUAUGAAUGUAGUUCCUUUGAAGGAGCUUCCCCCUGAUGAACCAAAAAACAUGACUCUGGAUCUUCUUAAGACCAUAGAUCCAAGUGAUGUUCAAAAUGAUAAGUUGCGAGGACAAAUCGUGGUGGAAUUGACAUACAAACCUUUCAAGGAGGAAGAUCUGCCAAAAGAUAUUGAAAAUCCAAGUGCAGUACAAAAGGCUCCUGAAGGCACACCACCUGGGGGAGGGGUACUAGUAGUUACGGUGCAUGAAGCUCAAGAUGUUGAGGGGAAGCACCACACUAACCCAUAUGUGCGUAUCAUAUUCAGAGGCGAGGAGCGAAAAACAAAGCAAAUAAAAAAGAGUAGAGAUCCAAGAUGGGAAGAGGAGUUCACAUUCAUGCUGGAAGAACCUCCUCUAAAAGACAAGCUACAUGUGGAAGUACUCAGCACCUCGACCAGAAUCGGCCUGUUGCAUCCCAAGGAAACACUAGGUUAUGUUGAUAUCAGCCUAGCAGAUGUUAUCAGCAACAAAAGGAUAAAUGAGAAGUUCCAUCUGAUAGACUCAAAGAAUGGACGGAUACAAAUUGAGCUGCAGUGGCAAACAUCUUGACCUUCACAAUCUCUUCCAUUCCCCUUCAGAAAAAUAAAAGAAAGAAAAUGAACUUUUUGUAAUUGCAAACAUAUGUUGGAGCUUUGGUUUUGUUGCUUGUGUACAAUGAUACGUAUGUUGUUGGUUUGUGUACAUUUUCUUGAGGCCCGGUUUCUUCUUUCACAGAGUGUACUAUUGAGAUAAAAAAAAAGUACUGUCCUUUCUUGACUUGGAAAAA